AUGACUCGGAGAUGUAUUCUCUGUACGAGUAGCCUGAGUUCGAGGGAGAACAUGCAAAACGGCUGCGCAGAAGUGGCUAGUGUUUUGAAAUAUUCUAAGCUUAUGACUGAAGCUCGAGGACAUGAUGAUAUUGUUAAGGUAGUGCAGAGAGAUCUCAGGAUCUUAAACGACAUAACCGGAAACUUGGAUGCUGAAAAAUCUAAAAAAGUCUCUCUAGGCCAAGAAAUAGCUAGCAUUGGAGAAGAGUCAUGA